AUGGAUGAAAAGGUGAAGAAAAUCUUGGGAAUGGUUGAGAGUGGAGACAUAGAUGAAGAUAAAUCUAAAAGACAAGUGGUUUCAGAGUUAGUGAAUGAAUUCUACAUCGCGUACCAGACUCUAUAUCGCAAGUACGAUGAUCUAACAGGAGAGAUUAAGAAAAAGGUACACGGGAAAGGAGAAAGCUCUUCAUCGUCGAGCUCAGACUCGGAUUCUGACGAUUCUUCGAAGAAGAAGACCAAGAGAAACGGAAAAGUAGAGAAAGAUGUAGUAGAGUCUGUAACAGAUGGACAAACCGAAGCUGCUAAUCUUGAAAUUGCUGAUCUGAAAAAGAAGUUGACAAAGAGUGUUGAAGAAAAAGAAGCAGUAGAUUCUGAGCUUGAAGCAGCUUUGGUGAAGUUAAAAGAAUCAGAAGAGAUCAUCAGAAAUUUGAAACUUGAAACUGAGAAGUUAGAGGGCGAAAAGACAACAGCUCUGAGUGAUAGCAGAGAACUACAUCAGAAACUGGAUGUUGCGGGAAAAACAGAAACUGAUCUGAGCCAGACGUUAGAAGAUGUGAAAAAGGAAAGAGAUCAACUGCAAACUGAGAUAGACAAUGGUAUCCAAAGAUUUCAAGAAGCUGAAAAGAUUGCAGAAGACUGGAAAACAACAAGUGGUCAGCUCAAAGAUGAAGUUGCUAAUUUCAAGCAGCAGGUAGAAGCAUCAGAAAAGCGAGUUUUGGAGAUUUCAGGUGAGAUCCAACAGGCACAGAACACCAUACAAGAACUCACUUCCGAACUGGGAGAGAUGAAAGAAAAAUACAAGGAAAAGGAGAGUGAACAUUUUAGUUUGGUGGAGUUACAUGAAACCCAUGAGAAAGAAUCAUCGAGCCAAGUGAAAGAGUUAGAAGCACGAGUAGAAUCAUCAGAGAAAAUGAUUGGAGAUUUGAACCAAAACCUGAAUAAUGCAGAGGAAGAGAAGAAACUGCUCUCCCAGAGAGUCUCGGAAAUCUCUCACGAGAUUCAAGAGGCGCAGAACACCAUAAAAGAACUCAUGUCUGAGUCUGAACAGUUGAAAGAGAGCCACAGUGUGAAAGACAGAGAAAUUUUCGGUUUGAGGGACAUCCAUGAGACUCAUCAGAGAGAAUCAUCCACUCGCACGAGUGAGUUAGAAGCUCAGCUGAAAUCAUCGGAACAGCGGGUCUCAGAAUUGAGUGCGAGUCUGAAUGUUGCAGAGGAAGAAAAGAAGUCCAUGUCCUCGAAAAAUGUGGAAACUACGGACGAGCUCAAGCAGGCGCAGAACAAGGUACAAGAACUAAUGGCUGAAUUGGCAGAAUCGAAAGAUAUACACAUACAAAAAGAGAGUGAGCUUUCUGCUUUGGUGGAGGUACACGAGGCACAUAAGAGAGAUUCAUCAAGUCGAGUGAAAGAAUUAGAAACUCUGGUGGAAUCAGCAGAGCAACGAGUUCAAGAUUUGAGCCAGAGCCUGAACAAUGCUGAGGAAGAGAAGAAGCUGUUAUCUCAGCGAAUUUCAGAUAUGUCGAAUGAGAUCAAGCAGGCGCAGAACACCAUACAAGAACUCAUGUCUGAGUCUGGACAGUUAAAAGAGAGCCACACUGAGAAAGACAAGGAACUUCUCGGUUUGAGGGAUAUCCAUGAGACUCAUCAGAGAGAAUCAUCCACUCAACUAAGAGAUUUAGAAGCGCAACUGAAGUCAUCUGAACAAAGGGUUUCUGAUCUGAAUGAAAGUCUGAAGAUUGCAGAGGAAGAAAACAAAUCCAUGUCCACUAAAAUCUCAGAUACUUCAGGGGAGCUCGAAAGAGUACAGAUCACGUUACAGGAACUCACAGUUGAGUCAAGCAAACUGAAAGAGAAGCUUGCUGAGAGAGAAGCAGAACUUUCAAAUCUGACAGAGAAGGAAAGCAAAUCACAGUUGCAGAUAAAAGAACUAGAUGCAACAGUAGCCACCCUCGAGUUGGAGCUACAGUCAGUUCGUACCCGUACAGUAGAUCUUGAGACAGAAAUUUCAGGCAAGACCACUGAAGUUGAGAAACUGGAAGCGCAAAAUAGAGAAAUGGUUGCUAGAAUCUCGGAACUUGAGAAGACAAUGGAUGAGAGAGGAACUGAACUCUCUGCUUUAACCCAAAAACUUGAGGAUAAGGAGAAGCAAGCAUCGUCCACAGUUGAGAGUUUGACAGCUGAGAUCGAUGGCCUAAGAGCAGGACUAGAGUCACUGUCUGCUCAAAAAGAAGAGUUAGAGAAGCUAAUGGAGAGCAAAGGCGAUGAAGCUUCAAUGCAGAUUAAGGGUUUGGAGGAUGAGAUCAAUGGUCUGGGCCAGAAAGUGAUCUCACUUGAAAGCCAGAAAGCAGAACUAGAGAUCCAACUUGAGAAGAAGUCCGAGGAGAUCUCUGAAUAUAUGAGUCAGAUUACAAAUCUAAGAGAGGAGAUAACAAGCAAGGUCAAAGAUCAUGACAAUAUUCUAGAAGAAAGAAAAUGUUUAACUGAGAAAAUCAAGGGUCUUGAAGUUGAGAUAGAGACUCUACAGACACAGAGAAGUGAGCUUGACGAGGAGCUAAGAACUAAAACAGAAGAGAUCCUUCAAAUGCAGGAUAAGAUAAACAAAGCCUCUGCUGAUACAGUGGCCUUAACAGCACAGAUCAACAGUCUGCAGCAUGAACUUGAUUCUCUGCAGGUGAAGAAGAGUGAAGUCGAAUCAGAGCUUGAUAGAGAGAAGCAAGAGAAAUCAGAUUUGUCUAAUCAGAUCAUCGAUGUCAAAAAAGCAUUGAUAGAGCAAGAAGCUGCUUACAAUACCUUGGGAGAGGAACACAGACAGAUCAAAGAAAUGUUAAAAGAACGUGAGGAAGCACUUAAUAAGCUAACAGAGGAUCACAAAGAAGCACAAAGGUUACUGGAGGAGACAGGUAAUGAAGUAUCAUCCAGAGAUUCUGCAAUCGCAGGUCAUGAAGAGACAAUGGAGAGUUUACGUAACGAGCUGGAAAUGAAAGGAGAAGAGAUAGAAACUCUGAUGGAGAAGAUCAGUAACAUCGAGGUUAAGCUACGUUUAUCGAACCAGAAACUGAGGGUAACCGAACAGGUGCUAACAGAGAAAGAGGAAGCGUUCAGGAGAGAAGAAGCUAAACACUUGGAGGAACAAGCAGUGCUUGAGAAAAGCCUCAAGGUGACUCAUGAGGCUUAUCAAGGUAUGAUGAAAGAGAUAGCAGAGAAAGCGAACACAACACUAGAUGGGUUUCAGUCAAUGUCGGGAAAAUUCACGGAGAAGCAGGGGAAGUACGAGAAAACGGUAAUGGAGGCUUCUAAAUUGCUGUGGACUGCUACGAAUUGGGUGAUAGAGAGGAAUCACGAGAAGGAGAAGAUGAAGAAAGAGAUGGAGAGGAAAGUAGAGGAAAUAAAGAAGCUUGGAGAGAAAGUAAGAGAAGAUGAAAAAGAGAAGGAGAGGAAAGAGGAGGAAAUAAAGAAGCUUGGAGAGAAAGUAAGAGAAGAUGAAAAGGAGAAGGAGAGGAAAGAAGAGGAAAUAAAGAAGCUUGGAGAAAAAGUAAGAGAGGAUGAAAAGGAGAAGGAGAAAAAAGAAGAGGAGAUAAAGAAGCUUGGAGAAAAAUUAAGGGAAGAUGAAAAGGAGAAGGAGAGGAUGAAGGAGACUUUGGUUGGACUUGGAGAAGAGAAAAGAGAAGCAAUAAGGCAAUUAUGUGUGUGGAUCGAUCACCACAGAGGUCGCUGUGAAUAUCUUGAAGAGGUUUUGUCUAAGACUGUUGUGGGUCGAGGGCAAAGACCGUCGCAGCGAGCCUAA